AUGACAUCACACGCCAAUGAAAGCUCAGAAGUGCGAAAAAUUAGCGAUACUGAUUAUAGUGACCCUGCUGUAUUGUCCCUACAUAGGCCCUUUCAACAUAGAAGAACCACCAUAAUCGUUACAUUCGCGAAUCCCACUGUAACAUUAGUAGAUAUCCACACCAUAAUGGAAACAGGCAUGAAUGUUGCUCGUUUUUUACCUGCUAAGAGUACUAGUCACGAUAAAAAAGAACUAAUAACCAAAGUUUUCAAAGCUGCGAAAUAUUUGGCCAAGAAACAUGGUAUGAUCGAGUGGCCAUACGCUACGUGUAUAGAAUUGAAAACUUGUGUUGUAAAGACUGGAAUACUUGAACAGGGUUCUCAUCUUUUCAUACCUGCAGAUUCUGAAGUUACUUUAACAAAUGACCUAGAACAAUAUGACAAGUGUAAUGUAAAUAAAAUAUUUGUCGAUAAUCCUUACUUAACCUCAGAAACGAAAGAGGGAAUGGAAGUAUCUAUAAGACAGGAAGCCAUUAUAAUGAUAGUUAAAAAAAUAUUAACGGAUCGUGUUAUAUGUACUGUGAUCAAGGCUGGAUAUCUGAAGAACUUGGAUUCCGUGUGCAUGAGAGGAGCUAAACGUACUCGUUCCUACUUAUCCAUGAAGGACUUGGAAUUAGCGAAACUGGCCAUGGAUAACGAGGUAGACAUGAUCAUUAUACAAUAUGCUCGUCAUCCGGACACUGUCAAAAGGCUUAAGAAAUUCCUGGGAGCUGCAUUAAAGAGGACCUGCUUGGUUUGUGGAAUAUGCACCAACGAAGGACUUCGCAACGUAGAUGAUAUUAUAAAGGAGGCCGACGGGAUCAUAGUCUCUAGAGAGUAUCUUCCUUAUGAGUUGGAGAGAAAAAUGAUGAGCAGCAUGGACCGUAUACAAAAAUAUAUAGUUGGAAAAUGUCGCCGGGCCGGAAAACCAGCCUAUGUUUCUGGUCAAAUUUUCAAAAGUGUAUUUAAGACAGGUAAACUAAACGAGCAGGAUGCAACUGAUGUUACACAUUGCUUACUGCAAGGAGUAUCGGGUUUUUUAUUGAAACCGUGCGAUAACUCUCAAUCAACAAGAAACGUCAUAAAGGAAUUGACCAGUCUGUGCACUGAAAUAGAACCGUACACUAAUGAAAAGAUUGAUUAUCGAAGAAUUAUUGAAGAGGAUCCCGUACCCUUAAACGCAGCAAUGGCUGCAGUAACGUCAUGUGUAAUGUUGGUAAAUGAAACCCAAGCUCAGAUGAUCAUAAUCCCAACCGUCUCUGGCCGUACCGUAUACCACUUGAACUCACUUAGAAUUGGUUGCCUUGUCCUCGCAGUGACUACAAACAUCAGGAGCUUCAGAUUGAUGCAAAUCAAAAGAGCAGUUAUUCCGCUUUUAUAUAAUGGUUCAUCUCACGGAACUUGGGAGAAAAAAGUAGGAGAUCGCAUAAAUUUUGCUGUUGAAUAUGCUUUAAAUAAAAAUUGGCUUUCAUACUCAAAUUAUUACAUCGCACUUCAAAAAGGCACUGAACUGAGCGCUUAUUGUGAUACAGUACGCAUUUUGGAGGUCACAACGAAGAAGAAGGAAUUGAUUUCGUGUGGAGAUGACGAUCAAGAUUCUUCUUAG